UAACAUUGCGCUUUUUCUAGCUGCAGGCCGGUUACAUUAGCUUUCAAAGUCUUUGAAGCUAGCCAGGAUGUGGAAAGGAAUAAUCCCAUAAUAUUUUUGCAUGGUAUAGGAAGCUGUAAAGAAAAUUGGAAUGAUAUUCCACAGAAAGUAGCUGAAGCCACUCAUAGAAGGGUAUAUACAGUAGAUGCCAGAAACCAUGGUGACAGUGACUGGAGUGAUGAAUUCAAUUUGGAUUUAAAUGCAGUGGAUCUCAUACAUUUUAUAGAACAAAUAGCCGCUGAGAAAGUCACAAUUGUAGGACAUAGUAUGGGAGGGAUAACAAGCAUGAAGACAGCUUUAAAAAUACCCGCAAAAGUUGAUAAAAUAAUUAUCGAAGAUUUUGGUGUUUUAGUAAAUAAAGAUUUUUUAAACUUUGCAAAGUUGGUAUUUUCAUUACACGAACAAGCUAUCUUGAACAUGCCAAAAGUUUCUACUGAACAAGAGGCUGCAAAGUUCCUCAGUGAUUUUAUGUAUGAACGAGUUCCAGAUGAUGUAAAACCACACAUUAGAAAAGCAGAGGGAAAAAACUCCAACUUUCUGAACCAAAAUUCCGAUGGUAGUAUUAGCCAUUCGUCAAAUUUAAAAGUAUUAAGGAAAUCUUUAGAAAAUGAAGAUACUCUAAUAUCAAAAUAUGAAGGUGUGUUUGAUGGUCCUUCUUACUUUAUUUAUGGAAAAAAAUCAAUGAUUCACGUGAAUGAUGAAGCAGAAAUUAUUAAGAAACAUUUUCCAAAAGCCCAGUUUGUUGGAAUUGACAGUGCUGCUCACUAUAUUCAUGCGGAUGCUCCGAUUCUCUUCUUUAAUGCUUUGUUGAAAUUCUUAAAAGAAUAAUUACAUAUAUUGUAUAUGUUUCCGGGAAAUUUGGAAAUCUGGUAUUAUAUAUAAUGACGAAAAAAAGCCGGAAAAGUAUUAAACUAUUAAACAUUUUUCACAAUGGCUAGGUAUUGUAUGCAAUACCAAAUCAUAAAACGCCAAAAUAUGACGUGUAAUUAUUUUACUUUUUUACUUAAUGCUAUAUUACUAUUAGUUAAAAGUAACUUCUCCAUGCAAUAAUUCAGUUUAUAUUUUAUAUUGUUUUUUUAAUAAAGUAGAUUUAACUUUUUAAUUGUCAAUAAUAAACUGGUAUAACAAUCUGGCUAAAUUGGAAAUUUUCUUUAGCUUUGAAAUGAUUUACAUUUUUUGGUGGUUUGUUUAUACGAAAAGAUGGUUUGUUCAUACGAAAAAUAAUUUUAUGUUUGUAGUGGUUUGUAAUACUUAUGAAAUAAAUGGUGCCUAAUUGGGAAACACGGUAUCUAAUAAAGGAUUAAAACCUA